AUGCCGCGCUCCUUUUUCGGUUGGGCGGUUCGAGCGAACCUUCCCGGCGAGGAUUCCGAGGCGCGGCAGAAGCUGGUAGAUGCGCUCAAAGAGGCGGAGGAGACCAGCGUUUUCGAGGAGUACCGGCAGAUCAACCAGGAGCUGGCCUUUGAGCAGCAAGACCUGCAAGAGGCAAGGCGCUCGGGGGUGCUGCUGCUCAGUGCGGCGGAGGCGGCUUGGAAGCCCAGCGCGAGAGAUGCGGACGGGACGGACGAGCAGCAAGAGGCGCUUGCGCCGCUCAUGGUGGAACUCGCGCGGGAGAGGGAAUCCACCGACUACCUCCUGCCUCCCGUUCUGUCCAAGGAAGACGACGAGGCCAAGGAAGCUGAUGCCAAGCUCAGCUCCAGGGAGGCCAUGGAGGCCGAGAUCAAGCACCUGCAGCUGGACAUCGAGCAUUUCAAGAACUCGGCGGUCCGACUGCAAGCGGAGGACUUUGUUCCGAUUCAGCUGUCCUUCUGGCUGUGCUGGCGACGCGAGUGUGACCAAGAAAAGCUUUUCAACCUGUCGGAGAAAUCUUUGAGCUUGGGGAUGGUGUUGGACCGGCAGCGCUUUCACGUGCUCAGCUCCCUUCGGGAUGAUCUGCAGGAGGCCUCCGAGGAGCUGGGCUACCAGCGGGAGCGCGCCAGGCACCACGAGGCCGGCCGGGCGGACGGGCGGGUUCGCCGCUCGGCUCAAGCCUCGAGCCUCGAGCCAGCGGGCUCCGCGGGCCGCUUGAAGCGGAGGCACGUGAGGCCAAGGCGCCGCCAGCGGCGCGGCUUUCGCAUGAGGCGAAGGCAUCAACGAGGCGCCAGCUUCGCGGUGGUGCGCAGCGGGUGCAACCUGAAGCUGGUGCCGUUCGAAGGGGGCCUCCACUGCGAUGGCCGCGCGCCAGGGCCGGUCCACACGGCGACGCCUCUGGACAUGCACAACUUCGGGGCUGACUUCGACUACGAGGGCGCCAUCUUCGGGAUCCAGGAGUUCUACCAAACCUGCGAGUUCGAGCGUGCUCGCCGGCGGAAUCUGCAGCUGAAGCGCUUCUGGUGGCGCCGGGGGCUGGAGGAAGAGCAGGAGGAGGCUUUGGCGCGGGACGAGUUGGCCCUAACAUCCCGCGUACCCAUCCCCGAGGCGGCGCCGCGGAAUCCCCACCGGCAGGAGCUGGUGGCCCUGGAGCGGCGACUCAGGGACCUGGAGGAGGAGCGCUUCUGCUGGCGCGAGGCCCAGGACUUGCAAGAGCACAUCGCCUACUUGCAAGACGAGAUCGAUGCAAUUCUGCACGAGCAGGACUUGCACCGGCGGAUCCGGACGCUGGCGCUGGAGAGGGAGGCGAUGCUGGACAGCCAGGAGCUCCGAAGGAGCCGGCUACAGCAGCUCAGGGAUGCAGAGAAGCAGCAGGAGCUGCGGCAGCGCCUGCGGGCGUGUGUUGCGGAGAAGAAGGCGCUGCAGCGCGAGCAGGAUGACCUCGAGAGGAGCUACAGGAGUUCCCAGUUGACUACCUGGCAAAAGGAGAAGGAGCUCCAACACCGACAGAAAGUCUUGGAUCGGCACAGUCUGCGCAUGCAGGCGCCCAAGAAGCCGCCGGGCAGGCCUCUCUCGGCGCCGGGAGGUCGCAGGCCGACCCCGGCAACGAGCUGCGGAGGCUCGGGGGACUUCUACGCCUGGCGGCACAGCUCGGGUGUGCCGCUGAAGCCGAGUGCACGGGCGCCAGCGCACUGGGCGCCAGGCCCGCGAUCUCCGCAAUCGCAGGCCGGCACGCUGCCGCGGCAGGUGCGGCUGCAGGAGCCGCUGGCAGAGACAGACCAGACCCAGCUGCCACUUGCCGUUGCCCAAGAAGCCAGUGAUGCUGCAAACCAAGUAAACCAGGAGCCAGAGAAGCCAGCUGAUCCUCCCAAGGAUGUGCCAUCACCAGCUGGCCCACCCAAGGAUGCGCCAGCGCCAGAUGGCCCGCCCAAGGAUGCGCCAGCACCAAAUGGCCCGCCCAAGGAUGCGCCAGCGCCAGAUGGCCCGCCCAAGGAUGCGCCAGCGCCAGAUGGCCCGCCCAAGGAUGCGCCAGCGCCAGAUGGCCCGCCCGAAGAUGCGCCAGCGCCAGAUGGCCCGCCCAAGGAUGCGCCAGCUCCAGAUGGCCCACCCAAGGAUGCGCCAGCUCCAGAUGGCCCACCCAAGGAUGCGCCAGCACCAGAUGGCCCGCCCAAGGAUGCGCCAGCACCAAAUGGCCCGCCCAAGGAUGCGCCAGCGCCAGAUGGCCCGCCCAAGGAUGCGCCAGCGCCAGAUGGCCCGCCCAAGGAUGCGCCAGCUCCAGAUGGCCCGCCCAAGGAUGCGCCAGCGCCAGAUGGCACGCCCGAGGAUGCGCCAGCACCAGAUGGCCCGCCCAAGGAUGCGCCAGCGCCAGAUGGCCCGCCCAAGGAUGCGCCAGCGCCAGAUGGCCCGCCCAAGGAUGCGCCAGCUCCAGAUGGCCCGCCCAAGGAUGCGCCAUGCGCCACCAGAUGGCCCGCCCAAGGAUGGCGCCCAAGGAUGCGCCAGCGCCAGAUGGCCCGCCCAAGGAUGCGCCAGCACCGAGAGCGCCAGAUGGCUCGCCCAAGGAUGCGCCAGCGCCGGCUCGCCCACCCAAGGAUGCGCCAGCACCAGAUGGCCCGCCUAAGGCUGCGCCAGCACCAGACGCACCAACGCCAGCUGAUGACAGCUAAGCUUAGUUGCUUAGUUGCCAUGGAGCAUGAGCAGACGCAGGUGCCAGAAGAUGCAACAAACGCCUCUGAGCGGCUUCAUCCACACUUAUAG